AUGGCCAAAAAGAAGGAGCCGAAGCCGGUGGUGGACCAGGUCAUGCAAUGGCUGGCGGUGCUUUCUGGGGUCCUCGGGCUGAUUUGCUUGGUGCCAAAGGUUCCGUACCGCUAUGCGGAAGUCUUUACGGGAUACCACCAGAGGUUCCCUUUGGCCAGACAGUAUUCUCUUUUCGGAGCCACUGACAAGUUCGGCAAGACCGUCUCCUGGUUCAGAAUGCAGAAGGAGACUUGCCGGAUGAAGGAUGAAUUGGCAAAAUCGAAUCCCUUGCUGGCUGUAGCAGGUGGUCUUGCCGCCAAGAAGUCUGGCGUUGGCGGAGCCGCUGCUGGUUGCAUGUACUGGGACCUUUGCAAGGCGCAAUUGACGGUCCGCUGUAUGGAAUAUGCCACCAUGAGCAUCAUGAGUAUCCUGGCCAUGCUGCUGCAGCUCAUUGGAGUUGGUGCGCUGCUUUGUGUACCGAUGAUGCUGAACGGAGAAGAUGCGGCUGGAAAGGAGAAGAAGGGUUCCAAAAAGGAAAAGGCGAAGAAAGCUGCGAUCAUGGGCACCAUGAACUGUGCGAUUGCUGGAGGUGUGCCAGUGCCUUAG